CGGCAGGGAGUCAGCAGCGGGUCGGCCGGCUAUGGAGCGGCGGAUCAGCGCUCGGCUUCGGCUCUGGCUGCUGUUGCUACUCCUGCUCCCAGUGCAGGGCCGCCAGAAGGAGUCAGGUUCAAAGUGGAAAAUAUUUAUUGACCAAAUUAACAGGUCUUUGGAGAAUUAUGAACCAUGUUCAAGUCAAAACUGCAGCUGCUACCAUGGUGUUAUAGAAGAGGAUCUGAUUCCUUUCCGAGGAGGAAUCUCCAAGAAGAUGAUGGCGGAAGUAGUCAGACGAAAGCUAGGGACCCAUUAUCAGAUCAUUAAGAACAAAUUAUACCGAGAAUAUGACUGCAUGUUUCCCUCAAGAUGUAGUGGUGUUGAGCACUUUAUUUUGGAAGUUAUUGGGCACCUCCCUGACAUGGAGAUGGUAAUCAAUGUACGAGACUAUCCUCAGGUUCCUAAAUGGAUGGAGCCUGUCAUCCCAGUCUUCUCCUUCAGUAAGACAUCCGAGUACCAUGAUAUCAUGUAUCCCGCUUGGACAUUUUGGGAAGGGGGACCUGCUGUUUGGCCAAUUUAUCCUACUGGUCUUGGACGGUGGGACCUCUUCAGAGAAGAUCUAGUAAGGUCAGCAGCACAGUGGCCAUGGAGAAAGAAAAAUUCCACAGCAUAUUUUCGAGGAUCAAGGACAAAUCCAGAACGGGAUCCUCUCAUCCUUCUAUCUCGGAAAAAUCCAAAACUUGUUGAUGCAGAGUAUACCAAAAACCAGGCUUGGAAAUCUAUGAAAGAUACCUUGGGAAAGCCAGCUGCUAAGGAUGUCCAUCUUGUGGAUCACUGCAAAUACAAGUAUCUGUUUAAUUUUCGAGGCGUAGCUGCAAGUUUCCGGUUCAAACACCUCUUCCUCUGUGGUUCACUUGUUUUCCAUGUUGGUGAUGAGUGGCUAGAAUUCUUCUAUCCACAGCUGAAGCCGUGGGUUCACUAUAUCCCAGUCAAAACAGACCUCUCCAAUGUCCAGGAGCUGUUGCAAUUUGUAAAAGCAAAUGAUGAUAUAGCUCAAGAAAUUGCUGAAAGGGGAAGCCAGUUUAUUAUAGACCACUUGCAGAUGGAAGACAUCACCUGUUACUGGGAAAACCUCUUAACGGAAUACUCUAAAUUCCUGUCCUAUAAUGUAACAAGAAGGAAAGGCUAUGACCAGAUUGUUCCCAAAAUUUUGAAAACUGAACUGUAGUACUCAUCAUAGGACAAGAAUCCUCCCUAUGGCAGCAGAUCUGCUAUCCUGUGGUAAGAAGCUUACUAUGAGUGUGGCACCUAUACCUUGAACACCUUUUAUCAAGCCAAACAUCUGAUUUUCUUUAUCAUGCUGCACCCAGAGCUACUCUUAAGAAAGAUCUAAAAUAUGUGUAAUACAGAGAUGUGAAGAGUUCAACUCUGUCUGAAUAAGGACCCGGAAUCAUGAAAUGUGGAUUUUGAAUUGAUUCUACUUUCAUUUUCUUAUGAUCAAUCACAGAGUGUGCCUCAGAUCAUCUACAUGUAUAUGUUCAUCACUGUGAAAAUGACUGUGUCCAGGAGAGAUGCACUUUGUUCCAUUUUUUUGGAACAUAAAAUUGAGCAUUUGGAACUAGUACAACUCAUUUCUGCAGUUCUGAUAUUAUUCUAGACUUGAUAACUGUUGCUUUAUUUUAAUGUAGAAACCCUAUGGGAUUUGUGAAAAAUACCUGGGGUUCAUUUUCUGAAAGUUCAAGGAAGCAGCAGCUGUGCUGUGCAAUGAUAUAGGAGUUCUGUUUUGUAAAAGCAUAAACUGUUUGGUACUCAGGAGGUUUCUAUAAUGCCACUCAAGAGGGGCUAAUAACAUGAGUAAUUAUUGCAAUUGGAUUUUAAGUUCCCAUCUUGUGCCUUUAUGCCUUUUUAACUGUCUCUUUAAAGAGCAACAAGAACAAAAAAAGACAAAAAAUUCCUAAUAAAGUUAGGAAGUAGUCCUCACACUUUAA